CAUGGCGAUAGCUCCGGGAGCGCGCCUCACAUCGUAAAACAACCGGAUAGCACCCUUCACAAUACACCCACUCACCGGUCUUAGUAAAUAAAAAACUUGUUGUGUCUAAAAUGUUAUAGUGUUCAGUGUUUGAGGUUUUAUCCUGCGCAAGGAUUGCGUUAUAGUGUGUUGCAUGAGUGUUCCCGAUGGACGUGAAGGGGAUGAUGGACGCGACUCACCGGCCAGCACGGAGCAGCUAACGAAAUGCCCCGAGAAGGAGUCGUGCGGGGCGGAGUUCGCAGCAGUCGGUAGCCGGCUGCGCGGCGCAAUGGGCACCCGCCCGCCGGCCCGCUUCUGGCCGCAGCUUUGGGCCACCGUCGUCAGGAACCUGCUCCUCAAGAAGCGGGAUACUAGGAAAACCCUAGCGGAAGUUCUAGUGCCCCUCUACUCUCUUGGCGUGCUGAUCUUCCUGAAGAUGUUGGUGCCCAACCCAAACUUCCCUGAAGUGCGGAAGCCAGGCCGCCUGCUGAGGAUCCAUCACGACGCGUUUCCCGAAAACCACUCAGUGGCAGUGGUGGCUGAUUGGCAAAAUGCUAACGGGACAGUGGGUUUCCUCGACGAGAUUAACUCCAUGCUGGUUGAGUCGGGCCAGGACGGUAUCCACUGGGUCCGCUACAACAACACUACCGAGCUCAACGACGCAUAUCACAGCGACGCUCGUCACUUCCCCAUCGCUGUCAUAUUCCACACGGACCCCAGCUCAUUCGAGGAGCCUUUGCGAUAUACUAUCCGCACGAACCCCUCACACACCGGGACUCCUUCGACCCGCACCCAGUACACUUCCCCCGCAAAAUGCAGAGAGAGAACCGGCGGGAAGGACUGGUCCUCCGACUGGUCCCGAGGUGGUCAGCUGAUACCACUGUCCGAGAUGCAUAGGGAGGACACGUGCCCAGUCCUCCAGUACUACUACUCCGGUUUCUUGGCUCUACAGACGCUCAUUGAUUACAUCAAAAUAAAGGUGGAUACCGGCUCGCCUUUCCCACCACCCCGUAUCGACCUCCUCCAAUUCCCCAAACGACAACACACCGGCGACUGGCUGGUGAUCUUCCGCGUCAUAAUGCCCAUGUACAUGGUGAUGACUUUGUCCCAGUUCAUCACAUACUUGCUAAUGUUCGUUGUGGGAGAGAAAGAGAAGAAAAUUAGGGAAGGCAUGAGGAUUAUGGGCUUGAAGGACUCGGUUUAUUGGGGUGCUUGGUUUCUCAUUUACGCAGUUUUUGUUACAAUACUAUCCAUAGUCAGUACCGUCCUACUCUUCACUCUAAAGGUGUUUCAACAUUCCUCUUACAUCCUUAUUUUCCUUCUGAUGCUUCUAUUCGGGUUUACCAUCAUCACAUUCGCGUUUAUGCUGACACCUUUCUUCGACCGCGCCAGAACGGCUGGCAUCCUGGGCAGCUUCGCCGUGAACCUGAUGAGCGGGUUAUACUUUAUCCAGGUGUUUGUCUCCAAUGCCGACUCGCUUGCCUUCUGGUUCGUCUCCCUCAUCAGCUCCAGCUGCUACGCCCUCGCUAUGGAUAAGGCUUUGGUGCUAGACAUGGCGGGCGUUGGCGUGACAUGGGACAAUCUAUGGAGCGGGCCGGGUGUUCCCUUCGGGGGCAGUCUCAUCAUGAUGGCUGUCGACACCGUGCUGUACGCACUAGCUGCCUACUGGCUCGAUGCCGUUAUACCAAGUGAAUACGGCAUCAAGCAGAAGCCUUGGUUCUGUUUACUACCAUCGUUCUGGCUGGGCAGCAGGCGGGGAAGAGUUUCGGCAGUACAUCUACAUUCCAACGGCGAUGCUGCACAUAACAAGGAUAUCGAGCCAGUACCUAGAGAACUCCAAGACAAAGAGGCGAUCCGCAUCGUUGGUCUCCAGAAGAGUUUCCGUCAUUGUCGAAGGCCGGAGAUCAAGGCCAUCGACGGCAUCGACCUCAGUAUUUACGAGGGCCAGAUCACCGCCGUUCUGGGCCACAACGGUGCUGGGAAGUCCACGCUCUUCAAUAUAUUAACUGGACUGACGGCACCCACUGCUGGAACUGCUUACGUCUAUGGACUGGAUGUUAGGGAUCCCAACGAUAUGCACGAAAUACGUCAGAUGAUUGGCGUGUGCCCUCAACAGGAUGUGCUGUUCGACCUUCUUUCUGUUAAGGAGCACCUGCAAUUCUUCUCCGCAGUCAAGGGUAUUCCCCGUAAACGUCGCCCAGAUGAGAUUCACAAGGCGUUAGCUGAGGUUGGUCUGCUGGAACAAGCGGGGGUCUUCUCGAAACAUCUCUCCGGAGGUCAGAAGAGGAAACUCAGCAUAGCCAUCGCUUUCAUCGGGGAUCCUAAGAUCAUAAUCCUGGACGAGCCCACUGCUGGCGUAGAUCCAGUGUCCAGAAGACAGACGUGGAGAAUCCUGCAGCGCGCUAAGAGGGGGAAGGUGCUGCUGCUCACCACACACUUCAUGGAUGAAGCUGAUAUCCUGGGCGAUAGGAAGGCGGUCAUCAGUAAGGGCAGGGUACGUUGUGCUGGUACCUCGCUGUUCUUAAAAAACAAAUUCGGCAUCGGCUAUCAUCUGACAUUGGUUUUGGACGGCGCAUGUCGCGAGCACCAAAUUACUCGUCUCGUACGCGGUCACGUACCUCGUGCAGAAAAAGCUCGGCGACACGGACGCGAAUUGUCCUACAUAUUGCCACACUACGCGGUGCAUCUGUUCCCGCCGCUGUUCCUCGCCAUCGAGCACGAGAUCAGAGACAAGACCAACAGGCUGGGUAUAACAAGCUACGGCGUGUCCAUGACGACUCUAGAGGAGGUGUUCCUAAGCUUAGAGGGAGAGAACGCAGAGGAGACAGAGACAGUAGAAGGAUUGUCCUCUGUCAAACUAGUGAGGGCCAGAGCUCUGUCUAGGAGUUUAUCGCUGCAGAGCAAGACUCUUAGUUACCAGGAGCUAAAUGACAAGGAAACUCAAAAGGCUACGUCUCUGCCCACUCCUCCCGCCUCACACGCAUUACAUUCCACUACACAUGGCGUUGAACACGUUAAAGUGGCUGUGACUCCAGAAGCUCCUGUCUCCGUCGACGCAUUAGGGGAGAUAGUGAAGACGAACCCAUCUUGUUGGAGAACAUUCUGUGCACUAGUUUACAUUCGUACAGUGCGCAUGAUUCGAGAUCCGUACAAGCUCUAUGUGAUGAUCUUCAUGCCUAUCAUUUCCUGCGCCCUGGGUCUCUACAUGAAAUCUCGACAGAUAGUGUUUUUUCGAAUGCAACCCCUCAGUCUGGAACCAAACGCUUAUUCCAAUAAGACGCCCAUUGCCGUGUUCAGUGAACAAAAUAAUUAUAAAGAGAUCACUGAUCUAAAGGAGUCAUUGGAAAUGCUAGGGGCCCAUCCGAUUGUAGACUUUGACGGUAAUUUCUCCAGUCUUCUUAGUAUGGAAAAUUUGGGAGCGUUCAGUCUGAGAGAUAGUCUUAUACCUUAUGGGAAGAUUAUGGCCUAUUAUAAUAGUACAUACACUCAUAGUCUGCCUAUAAUCAUCAAUUUAUUGGACAAUAGUAUAUAUAGGGUAUUAAUGUCGGCGUCUGGUAUGACAGAAAGUUUUAAACCUAUAGAGGUGCUGGCCCAUCCAUUUCAACAGACAGAGCAACAAGAGGAAUUCAAUGUAGGCAAUGUGGUGUGUGCCAUAUUCAUGGGCAUGAUCUUUGCUCUCGUACCAGUCACAUUAGCUGUUGAUAUAGUCUACGAUAGAGAAAUAAAAGCCAAGAACCAACUGCGAGUUAACGGCUUGUCAAUGAGCAUGUAUUUCUUGACGUACUUCACAAUACUUAUCUUCAUUAUGAUCAUCACCAGUAUUGGGGUUCUGGUCCUUGUGAUCCUUAACGACAUACCGAGUUUGACGAACGGUUCAGCUAUCACGAUGCUCUCGUUUUUGUUGUUAUUGUACAGUCCGUCGGCCAUCUUGUUUAAUACAUGCCUCUCGUACGUAUUCGACAAGAUGGAUUCUGCGCAGAGCAUCAUGCCUAAUAUAACAACCUGGGUCGGUGUAAUACCUUUUAUAUUAGUUGCUGUUCUGGAUACUUUUAAGUGGGGUAGUGAUAUCGCGUUCUAUUUACAUUUAGUAUUCAGUUUUCUGGAUGUUAUGUACAUACCUUAUGCCAUCAUCUACUAUGUUGAUAGAGUGUACCUGACGUGUAAUCUACGCGGGUUGUGUACAACGCCUGCGUUGAGCGCGUACUUCACGGCGGAAGUGUGGGCGUUGAUCGCCGCCAUGUUGUUCCACGUGCCGCUGUGUGGUGCCGCGUUACUCGCUGCCGACAGACUCAAGUCCGGCGGGCGGCUGUGUCCGCGUAAACGCAGCCCGCCCUCCUCCCUGGCGGAGGUGGAGGCGGAGAGCGGCGCGGAGGCGGGCGAGGAUGAGGACGUGCGGCGCGAGCGGCGGAAAGUUGCCACGCUGCUGCACCAACCGCCAGCCAACGCGCCCGUACUAGUGGUGCAUAACCUCCGCAAAGAGUACAAAGUGCGCGGCACUGCAGGCAGUUGCUGCGGGGGGGACGAUGACGUCAGACGUGCCGGCCUCAAGCGGCUCAGCCUGGCGGUCCACGGGGGGGAAGUGUUCGGCCUUCUGGGUCACAACGGUGCCGGGAAGACCACCACCAUGAAGAUCAUCACCAACGAGGAGCGGCCAACUUGCGGCACGGUGAUGCUAGGUGGUGAGAACGUGAGCGAGUCCCAGACGUCCACGUUCCAGAUGCUGGGCUACUGUCCUCAGCAUGACGCUUUGUGGAAGAACGUCACCAUACGAGAGCACAUCGAGUGUUAUGCUGCGAUACGAGGUGUCAGCAAAGCAGAUACGCCCAGAAUCGUAGACGCUUACCUCAACGGGCUGCAAAUAAUGGAGCAUGCGGGCAAGAACGCCGAAGAAUGUUCUGGAGGAACUCGCCGGAAGCUCAGCUUCGCAUUGGCGAUGGUGGGGAACCCGAAAGUGGUGCUGCUGGAUGAACCGUCUACGGGGAUGGACCCUCGGUCGAAGAGGUUCCUGUGGGACACCAUCCUGGCUAGUUUCCAGGGCAAAAAGGGUGCUAUUUUGACGACACAUUCCAUGGAAGAGGCUGAUGCUUUAUGUUCUAGAGUCGGUAUUAUGGUUAAAGGAGGUUUAAGAUGUAUUGGUUCAACACAGCAUCUGAAGAAUUUGUACGGUGCAGGUUACACGCUAGAAAUGAAAAUAGGGCAGAAUAAUCAAAAGACAUCGAUAGAACCAGAACUAUCGAUAUCUCCGUCACCGCUUCGUUCGACAGAAAAUUCGCCGUCAUUAGGCGAGGCUGAUGAAGGUUCAGGCGGCGGGUCCGCGUGUCAAGAAGCGGAAGCGGAGGCGGAAGCAGAAGCAGAAGCGGUUGAUGUCAGCAUACACACACCACUAGUUGCCGGCACGCCGCCCGCUGCUAGAUCGCAUCACCGCAGAACCGAGUCGAGCGGGGGUGGAUUGAGCGCAGAAGCGGCUAUAGCUUUAGUAGGGCAGUUGUUUCCGGCAGCCAUUUUGGAGGAGAAUUUCGCCGAAAGACUAGUGUUCUCCGUGCCUCAAUCGGCUGUUUCAAGUCUAGCUAGAUGUUUCCAACAAAUCGAAGAUGCGAAAGAGAAGCUGAACAUUGUCGAGUACAGUUUCAGCCAGACAACAUUAGAGCAGGUGUUCCUUAAGUUUGCACAAUCGGAGAACGUGGAAUCACAAGACCCAGAGCACUAAUCUACAAAUAAGAAAGAGCUGCAGCGUGCUUCAAAUGCAAAAAUAGGUUCUUUCCAAGCCGUCAGAGAAGUUUAAGACACUUUUUGCUGCUGGAUAAAUACAAAAUAGGCAAAUAAAAAUGUCCCUGACGAAAAGUAAAGUGCAAUAAGAAUCCUUAGGAAUGUGACAAAAAUUGAAAAUUGAAAAGCCGUCUUUGUAAACGCAAAUAUGACGUAUGCCAUUUACGGUCAUUUUGAAUAGACAGUGGCGCCACAAAAUAGAUAUAACAGAAGGUAUUCUCAUUUAUGUACCUCACUUUGCAUACCUACGCUCGGUGGUCGCGCUAUUAUUGUUAACCGCUUGAGUGAAAAGAGUAUGUAUGUUGAAUUCAAACCAUCUAUUGAACAGAUAUAUUAAGUUGUUUUUGUGCCUGCAUUUCUGCACGAAGAAGUUCACAUAGGCAUCUCUCAAACAUAUGACACUCGCGCUCGCAGUGGUC